GAAAACAGUCAUCCAUAUCAUUAUUCAUCACGAGCAUCUUAUCUACCUCGCAAUCAGCAGUUCGUCGAUCAUUCCGCUCAUAGUCAUCCUCAGCCGAGCUUACUGCGUCAUUCGAACGACGUUGACCACACCGAAAGAGUGCAAGAUUGGCUUUCCCGUAAGCUAACCCCAUCACAAAUCCUCCUUUCUGCCGAGCAAUCCUAAUGCUGCCUUUUAGAGGCCGAUUUGACACCAAGAAGGUGGCCGGAAGUGCAAUACAUGGCCAAGAAAAAGUCAAAGUCAAGGCAGAGGAGGGAAAGGAGGAGAGCAAACGCUCAGCAGACGUCAGAAAGGGCAGCCACAACGUCAACGGCUGGUCCCUCGACAGUUGAAGUUUCGUCCACUCUCCCCACGACAGAGACGGAGACAGAGCAAGCCGCACCAGUGGAACCAACAACCGAGCCACCAGACGCAAGUACCCAAGGGGGAACAACAACCGUUGAUCAGCUAGCGGCAGAGCUUGCCAAGUUAACCAGCCUGGUCGAUUCCGUAAAUCUUCCCCCCGUCUAUACAUACUCUCUUUUCAUCUACCAUGAGCCUUAUGGAUUGGGACGACGCAGUGCCACUCGCGCCACUCCCGGCCUUAAUCGUGCUCUCGCGGUGGGCGUGAUGGAUCCCGAGCGCAUAGGCGCUGUCCUCUCGAAGAUCAAGCCCUUAGAGAUGUUGGGUUUGCGAGACGUUUACCGGUCACUCUUCGAUAGGGACUUGUUGGACGAUGUGAGAGAUAAUAAGGCUGGGCUGGUGGUCAGGCAGGAUCCUGAAGAGGAAAUCCGGACGAUAGACCAUGACUGCAUGGGGGCACGUUAUGACCUUCCGUGGGAUAGAGCAGUAACCAUCCUGAAAGCUUUGGGCGUGCCUACCCAGGAGCAGUUGGAGACCCUGCCGCCAUCGGUUACUGGGGGUGUUACUGUCGAGCGGGAUGGCCGGCGAUGAUGAAUUUGCCGAAAGAGCCUUUCGCUGAUCUGCUCAGGGAGUGGGAUGAUGGUCUUAUGCAGUUGCAUAGUAUCUGGAGGUUAGCUUAGAGUAACUCUGAGUAACUGUUGAAGUCUUUUCUGUUUGCU